CCUCUUGUCAUCCUUUAUUCGUUGUGCAUACAUAGACCCUGCAUAUAUACAUAUAUGUGUAUAUAGUAGAUACGAGGUAGGGUCGAGGAUGAUGUCAACUCGUGCUGACUAAUCUCGUCCACUCACAAAGUUAUGCAUCAUCGGUGCGUUACCCGCUGAUUUGAACAUUUUCCCACGUUUUUUAAUCAAAUAUUUUUCGAAUUUGAAUAAUUUGUUUGUUAGGACGAAGAAAAAGAAUCUAGCGAGAGGAGUUGUAAAAUUGCAGCAACGUCGACUAACACAAGAGACUACUUUACAACGCGUUGCUCCAUACGAUGCAAUUACAGACUACUCGACGUUUUUCAUGAUUUUUUUUUCUUUUUUUUAGUAGAAUUAUUGUAAACUCGUGCGUGGUGUCGCAAUCCUUGUCUUUUAUCUUCUCUUUUAUCCGACAUCGAGCGCAGCAAAAAUUGGGGUCAAUUUUCUCUUCUAUCGAGCGAUAGGAGACUUUUCUAUCCUCGUCUCCUAUCGCUCGAUAUCUCACGGACAACGUGUUUUCCCAGAAUGCGCGAGGGGAUUAGUAAUCUAGCCUAGCAAUUUUAUAAUAAUAUUAACAAUUUGUAAGAGUGUUUCGGUAAGAUUUUCGAUUCGAGUCGAGCGCGUUUAAUCCGAUCGAUGCGUCAGGAACAAAAUCUUGCGAUCGCUUUAUCCUUUUUUUCCCUUCGAGAUAUUUCAAAAGAGCAACGAAGAACCGGUUUGCUCGUGCGUUUGGCAAUACGCGAGCUCGCGUGCUUUAAAAGCUAUUUGGCAAGAGAGAGAUUCUUUGAAAAAAAAAAAAAAGAAAAAAAAAAGAAAAAAAAAAGAACCCGAACGAAAUUCAAUAUUUGUAUGUUCGGAUCGGAUCGGAUCGGUUCAGCUCGACUCGACUCGACUCGACUCGACUCGGAUCUUUUUCUCUAUACUUCUUGUUGGGACAUUGUAGGAGCUCUCUUGAUCUUCUCCUCCUCUUCUUCUCCUCCUCUUCUUCUCCUCGUUAUCUUGGAGGAGUACGUGGCUUCGUCGCACAUGCCUUCGUUUACGAACGCAUCUGCUCGUCGAACAACGCGAGAUGAAAGAAAAAGAAAGGAAAUUGCCGCGAGAAGAGAGUCCAAGAGAAUGCACACGUUGUGUGCGUUUGUGAGAGAUAGCCGAGUUAGUUGCACCUGCCUACCGGCCGGCUUGCUUUUCAUUACCUCAUGCCGCCACGGACCCUACCCAAAAGGCCUGCCUUCCUGCCCAUUUUAUACUUUUUACCUGACCUUUCGAAACCUAGACACGCUUUGCCUAUUUUCAGGGACAACUAUCUUCCCCUUCCCUUCUCUUCCAUCAUUAUUUUCCUAAUUAUCAAUUAAACAAAAUAUACGAGUACCUACAAAUCUUGAAUUAUUCUCUGCUCGCGUAAUCUUCUCUCAAUGAGAGAACCGCACCGACAGACACACCGUGUACGGUUUCGCAAACGUACUUAAAUCUAUCGUCGUAUUGUUUGCGAAUUAUUGCGACACGCGGUGCGUAGGGGGAUUUUACAUAAUUGUAGGUGUGUCAUUUCAGAGACCUCCGUCAUUUUGUCUUCUUGUCUCUUGUUUUCAUAAUUAGUGCCGUUAGUCGGACAGGAAGUCAGGGUCAAAUUGGUGCCAUUCGAUAUCGCUAAAUUAAUUCGUAUAACUCGAGAGAGAGAGAGAGAGAGAGAUCGAUGAAAGCGUAAUCGAUCGAUCGAAGAAGAUGACAAGACAAAGAUAAAGAAUGACUAAAGUUUUCUCGCGAGACGCAAAUGCAUCUCAUUGUAUCUCAACACGAUUCUCUUCGGAUUCGCUCGUGAUUGAGCCACGUUCACGAAGGCUAACAUUUAUCUGGGUCGCGGACGUCUCUUCGUUUGACUCUUGCUUCCUUGGAUCCUAUCCUUCGAUCUUUUGUCUUUAUCCAAAUGAUACCAUCCUCUUUCUUUCCUUUGUCAAAUAAAUCAAUCUAAACAAAUAUACGUAUAUUUAAAUAUAGCUACAUUUUAUAAUACAUAUGUAAUAUUAUAUUAUCGAACGCGUUUCUCUUUGAUAAUAGGAACAAUUUCUCGUGGUUUCCAUAAGAUGACAGCACCGUCUACUUCUCGGUUAUUCUUGUCAAGAUCUCCCUGCCCCAUGUGCCCUGCUCAUUUUGUCUACGACUUUCAAAAAUGACAAAGUUAUAAGAGCUUGUUUGAAAUGCGCUAAAGAUCGAUUAAUAAAAGUUCAACUUUGUCAUAAUCUGUAAUUUCUAUUUGAAUAAUUCAAACUCUUGUAUCUUGAACAGCUGUGCGAGUAAGGAUUCGUAGUAGUGUUUCAUUUGGUAGGGCAGCGCCGUAUUCCGUUGGUUGAAAGAAUCGAGUAACGUGAUAGCAAUUCGUGAGAAUCAAUUCUAUAUGAUUUGUCGAAAAAUGUGGGAAAAUUCAAAAGAAGAAAAAGAGCAGAAUAGUAUGAAAAUAAAGGCGGAUCCGGGUGCGAGCAGAUACGGGAACUUUAUGAAUUACUACCAAUUUCAUAGUGCGGAAGAACGCGUACGGCAACUUCCGCGAGACGUCUGGCAGUCUGUUCGUUCGGACCGGAAAUAUGUGGGACUAGACAUUGGCUGUAAUGCAGGGGAACUGACGUACAAGCUAUACGAUUUUUUCAAUGUUAAUUUAACUUUAAAUUGCGAAGAAGAAAGACCUGACGACAUCUUCCUGCUGGGUAUAGAUCUCGAUCCGAUCCUUAUCGAGAGGUCACAGGAAAAUAAUCCACAUCCAGAUCGAAUUACCUUCGAGUACGGUGAAUUUCUUUCUUCCGAGUGUGACCCAACCAUCUCGAGGUAUCUAAAGGAACUUGGAAGAAGCCACUUUGACGUUGUCUUUUGUUUCUCCAUCUCUAUGUGGAUCCACCUAAAUCACGGAGACGACGGAUUAGUCAAAUUCUUUCGCAAAGCUUGCUCUAUCUGCGACACGAUCGUUGUCGAGCCACAACCUUGGAAGUGUUACAGAAAUGCUUCGAGGAGACUGCGAUUAGCCAAUUUGGAAGACUUCCCUCUGAUAAAGAAAUUGGAACGCAAGGGUGACAUGUCGGAACAAAUAGAAUUAAUCUUGACCAAUCUAUGCAAUUUUCGUAAACUUAUCGUUACUUGCAGCAACGAUUGGCAAAGGAAAAUCAUGAUUUUCGUUAGAAAUAACGAAAAUUCAUCCUAUUAAUUGUAUAAUUAUGUAUAACUAUAACUCAUUUUUGUAUGUAUUUAUAAAUCAAAUAAAAGUAAAAACAAGUAAACAUUCGAAUACAAGAUUAACCAAAAAAAAA